GGGCCGAGGUGUUGGGCGCACUGAAGGGUCGUACCAUCGCUAAAGGAUCAGAUGUUACCGCAAUGCCUCUUAUGAAGGCUGUAAUAAAGGAAAUCCUCAGGCUGUAUCCUGUCAUUCCGGGAAACGCUCGAGUCAUCCCAGACAGAGAUAUUAAAGUCGGAGGAUACCUUAUCCCUAGAAAUACUCUCAUCACUCUCUGCCACUAUGCAACUUCUCACGACUCCAAACAAUUCCCCGAGCCGGAGGAGUUUAUACCUCACCGCUGGUUGAGCCGAAGCGAGGGAAGCCAUCCUUACGCCUCCAUCCCGUUUGGAGUGGGCAAACGCAGCUGUAUCGGUCGACGAAUUGCUGAAUUGGAAGUCUACCUGGCUCUUUCUAGGAUUUUGGUGCACUUUAUUGUGGAGCCUGCAGAAGAGAACGAUAGAGUUAAUCCAAUGACCAGAACGCUACUGGUCCCAGAGAGAGAGAUUAACCUUCGUUUCAUUGAGCGAUGAGCUGGAGGUCACUGUGCCUUGAGCAGGACACCAUGUGAAAGAACUGACCAUCUCUGAUGUUAAGAUCCAGAGAUUCAGGAGAACGCUUGGACCCUUCGGCAAAAUGAAGGGAAAGCGGCCCGAGGACAGCACUGGGGACAUGUCGUCUGACACGCUGACUGUGACUAGACACUUCAAAACCUCAUGCAUAUUGUCACAGUCAUGUCUUGUGUUUCCCUGUCCUGUGCUCUUAUUUUGAAGUUACUGUAUGUCUUUGUCAUCAAUGUCUGUAGUUAGUCUGUUCAUUGGUCCUUGUGCUGAUUGUUGUGUGUCUUGUUACCCUUGAUUACUAUGUGUAUAUAUAUUGCCCUUGUGUUUCAGUUGUCUUUUGUCAGUCGUUGUAUGUGGUUCAUCUGGUUUGGAUUGUUUAUUUCUGUUAUAUUUUACUAUUUUGUAUCACUGGUUGAUAUUCAUUAAAAUGCACUUGUGUUUGGA